AUGUCCUCCGCGACAUCGGCAAUCGGCCCCACGCCGGAGGUUACACCCGGGAUCGACAAAAUCCAUGACCGAGCCUCAUCAUCCAAGCAAAUGCUGCACGUCAAAACAGGGUACGAGCAUCUCACCAACAAGGUCAGAUCAGGACGCUAA